AUGCUGGUCAAAGUCAACGUAUCGGCGUCGGGUACCGCAACGAGCACAGCAUUCGUGUCUUUUGCAACCUUUAAGAGCUUGGGUGCACCAUGGGGAUCGUAUGUAUCAUUGCAAUGCUGCAACUCGCAUCAAGCGCGUGUUUUUCGGCUGGAAAUUGAUGAAAAAUGGAGUGAUCAACGUGUCAGACUUGACCAGUGGCCGUCCUGUAAGAUGGCUCACAAUCAAAGGUUGAGCCAUUGUAACACUGUAUUCGAGUCUGAAUUUCAAGGUACUUUGAAGUGUAUCAGACCGUCACAUGUUCAGGUGGUGCAAUAUGUGGCUGUAGCUCCUGUCAGUGAGAAUCAAGUGAAACUUUUGCUCCCGUUCGUCAAAAGUUUGCUGCAAAGACGGAUUUUGACUGGAAAAACUGGAUUAAUUACUCUUCAACGUGACGGAUUGGACUAUGGUGAGUGGAGCUAUACAGCGUAUUACCGUGGACGUAGUGGGGAUCACAAAAAUCAAUUCGAGACGAUUGAUGGUGGAAUUGUAACAGAUCAGACGCUCGUGUUGAUAUUUCCGUCCACUACGUCCUCGUUAGCUGCCUUUUCGCCGCAUGUAAAGCGAACGUAUCAACCGGUUGGCGCUCACGCUCGAGGGUUCCGAGAGCUGGUAGCUAUGGCACUUCGGACGACGUCGAGUUGUGGAGCGGAUGAUCGAAAGCAGGUCUUUGCUGUCCCUCACUCGCUCUUGUUGCACGCACCAAGCGGUGCUGGCAAGACAACGUUAGUCCAGCAAGUUGUAGAUGAACUAAAAGCAAAUUUGCUUGUGUUUGAUGGUGGAUUGUUAGCAUCUCCGCAACUGCGACUGGAAGAUUUUUUCUCGGCUGCACUACGUAUCCAGCCGUGUGUGCUGCUGUUGGAAGAUCUGGAACUUUUGUUUCCGAUGACUCUUGAUGAAACCAAGUACAAACUUGUUUGCCGUCUUGUGAAUUGCCUCGAGAGUAUUCAAAAAUCCGACUUGAUUCGCGUUGCUGUCGUAGGAGUAGUGUCAGUGAUGAAUGCGCUGCAUUCGAAAGUGCGUCAGUUGUUCACGGAAGAGGUGUUUCUCGAUAUCCCUGACAAACAAUGGACCGUCAAUUUGUUGGCAUCAUUGCUGCCACAGUCAAAACUGCUGCGACGCGAGUUUAUCAUGUCAUUAGCUGUUCGAUAUGGUCAACGGCCUAGCAAUAUCGUUUCUAUUGCUCAACUAAUUCGCACGUGUCUGUCGCGAGAAGACAGCCAAUCUAUUAGUGUCGACAUUCUCGAAGCUGAAAUUGCCGCUGCUGCGCGCGAAAUCUCUAGUAGUAGCAAUGGUGCUGACACACUGAGCUCUUCUGUCCCAGACGUCUCGUGGACGGACAUCGGUGGUUUAGAACGCGUCAAGCAAAAUCUAGUUGAGAUGGUCGUGUGGCCGCUAGAGAAGCCACAUGUGUUUCGUCGGAUGGGCAUCUCACCACCUUUGGGUAUGGUGUUGCAUGGCCCACCUGGAACCGGAAAGACCAUGCUAGCUAAAGCUACCGCGAAAGCAAGCGGUUGCAAUUUUCUUAAUCUGGCAGCUAGUGACCUAAUGAAGGCUGAGAUUGGUGAGAGUGAAAAGGCCAUCACGCGCGCAUUCGAUACGGCUCGUGCACUCAGUCCUUGCAUGAUUUUCAUCGACGAAUUCCAGUCACUUUUCGGCAAUCGAUCAACUGCUGGCCAAACAACGUCAAGGAUGAUUUCUCAGCUCUUGAUGGAGCUUGAUGCGUUGAAGGCAGUGUCCGACGACAGUGAACUACACUAUGGAUUAGCUGCGGCUUCCACAAUGACAAGUAUUGCUACUGGUCGGAUUUUCGUCCUCGCGGCAACAAAUUCCUUAUCAGCUAUCGAUCCCGCAUUUCUUCAACCAGGUCGCUUUGAGAAUGUGGUGUAUGUUGGUCUCCCGAAUUCCAGCGAGCGUAAGGCAAUUCUGGAGAUUCAGCGCAGUAAAAUGCCGUGGAGUCAUGACGUCGACCUCACUAGACUUGUCGAAGAAACUGACGGCGCUAAUGCUGCAUCGAUGAUCGCGCUGUGCCAGGCUGCAGCUAUUCAAGCCAUGCAACGGAUACCUUCAAACACACCAUUAGAUGAACAGUGCAUUGCAAUGACCGACUUCGUCGCAGCUUUAGCGAAAGGAAAUUUUGGCUUUCAAAAUCAGUAG